GCUUCUGCUCUGAUUGGCUCUCAGCAGAACGGCUGCGUGGCGAUUUCAGCAUCUGGUGAUGAGAGAAAAACUCCUCAAACUUUAACCAGCUGCGCGAUAAAACUCAAAAUGCCGUCUGCUUUCCGCAGCAUUAUUGUUUAGACUCACAUCUGCGCACUUUAGCCGUUUUAAAGAGUUUGAGCUGCUCCUCAAACAUGCAGAAGAGCGGCGUGAAACAGCGACAGAGGAGCUCAAACAAGCCGCAGAACGGAGAGCAGCGGCGGACUGAGGAUGAGGAGGAGAAAGAGCCCGUUAUCAGAGCCUCUUCCUCACGAUUCAGCCCCGAUGUGAAGCUGUCAGUCAGUCUGAUGUGUCUCACAGUCUCUGUCAUCAUCACAUGGCUGCAUGUUGAGCAGAGAGCAAAGUUAGCACAAAUGACCGAGAAAUAUGAGUAUCUGUAUGAAAACAGCCGCAGCGUCCAGGAGCUGGAGGAGAAAAUGUCUGAAGUCUCUCAAAAGCUGCAGGCCUCCUCCUCCUCAUCCUCUGUGCUCAAACACACCAUCACCUCCAUCCACAACACCUCAGAUGCACUGCAGGAGGAGCAGGACGCAUCUUCACUCCGCAUUCACACUCUAAACGAGCACAUGCGGAGUGUGACCGAAGUGUGGCAAAGCGGACAAGCGACUGUGAGCUCUGAGCUGGACGAGCUGAAGACACGAUCACGAGCGUCGCACUCACGUGUGACGGAGCACAUCAACGACGCAGAAUCGCUUCUGCGUGAGCUGAACGAGCGCCUGCAGGAGGUGCAGGACGGGAUCAGGAGGAACGCACGCGUGCUGGACCGCACCGAGGAGGAGGACGCGGAGCAGGUGCGCAAUCAGCUGGACUGGAACGAGCGGCGCGUCUCACGACUUCAGGAGCAGCUGCAGCGUCUGUCGGAGCAGGGACGCGAGCAGCACCAGCGGCUGGAGAGAAAUGCUCCUCGUGCACAGCGCUGCCAAGACACGCACCUCCCGGCCGCGGAGGAGGCCGUGCGCUCCAUGCUCAAGGUGCGUGCACAGGUGAGCACCACCUACAAGAGACUGGAGGAGCUGCAGCUGCAGGUGCGGAGCGCUGAGGAACAAAUGAAGAGGACACCAGACGUCAGACCGGCUGAACAAGAAGACAGCGGUGUCGUGAGGGACGGUCAGGAGCUAAACCAGCUGAAUGAAACGCUCACAGGAGAAUGAGUGUUCAUAAACAGAUUUACAGUUCAAAAAGGUCAAAAGUUUACAUACACCUUGUAGAAUUUGCAAAAUGUUACUUAUUUUACCAAACAAUAAGUGGGAUCAUACAAAAUGCAUGUUAUUUUUUUUAUUUAGUACUGACCUGGAUAAGAUAUUUCACAUAAAAGACAUUUACAUGUAGUGCACAAGAGAAAAUAAGUUGAAUUUAUAAAAAUGACCUGUUCAAAAGUUUUCAUACACUUGAUUCUUAAUACUGUGUUGUUUCCUGAAUGAUCCAGCUGUGUGUUUGUUUAGUGAUAGUUGUUUAUGAGUCCCUUGUUUGUCCUGUUUGCCUGCUGUUCUUUAGAAAAAUCCUUCAGCUCCCACAAAUUCUUUGGUUUUAAAGCAUUUUUGUGUAUUUAAACCCUUUCCAACAAUGACUGUAUGAUUUUUGAGAUCCAUCUUUUCACACUGAGGACAACUGAGGGACUCAUAUGCAACUAUUACAGAAGGUUCAAAUGCUCACUGAUGCUCCAGAAAGAAAAAACAUGAAUUAAGAGCCAGGGGUGAAAACUUUUGAACAGAAUGAAGAUGUGGAGAUUUUUCUAAUUUUGCCUAAAUAUCAUAUUUUUGUUUCAUUUAGUUCUGCCUUUUAGAAGCUACAGAAGAUGCAUUUUUCCCAGAAGACGAAAUAAUUUAAAUUUACCCUGAUCUUCCAAAAGUUUUCACCCCUGACUUUUAAUGCAUGUUUUUUCCUUCUGGAGCAUCAGUGAGUGUUUGAACUUCUGUGUUCUUAUGAAGGGACUCAUGAACAACUAUCACUAAACAAAAAAACAGCUGUGGAUCAUUCAGGUAACAACACAGUAUUAAGAAUCAAGUAUAUGUAAACUUUUGAAUGGGGUCAUUUUAAUAAAUUCAGCUAUUAUAUUCUCUUGUGGACUAAAUGUAAACAUCUUUUAUAUGAAGUACAUGCGUUUUAUAUGAUCCCUCCUAUUUCAGUAAAAUGUUUAGUAAAAUGCGUAUAUAGACUUUUAACGUCAACUGUAUGUGCCGUAUCUACUGUACUUUUGAUGUAUACUGAAAUAUAUCAGGUUUCGUUCAAGUGAAGCUCAGUCUGAGACAUUUGAGAUGUAAACACUCCAUAUUAUCAAAGUAAAACAGAUUGUGAACACUGUUUCAUGCCAGAAUAAUCGGUCAUUUAUUUGAUACGUUCAUAUAUGUAAAUGUGUGCACCUCCCACAACCCACCAGCAGAGUUCAUCAGACUCAUCUGUUUCAGAUUCAGUGUCUCAUGUGUCUUAAUUGUGUCUUGACUCUCAAGAACUCUUCAUCGGAACCUGAUGUUGGAGUAGAUGCUUUUAUGUCUAAUAAAAGUUAAUUUUAUGAUUUCUAAAAUCUUCUUCCUGUGUGUCAUUUCACACCUCGUCUUGUUUGUGCCUGAAGCUCAUGCUCAGAUCCUCUGGUGUCUCUCUCCUGUGUG